CAUUUACCUUGACCAGGGUCACUAUUUUUGUGCACGCGUCGAGUUUGUACCGGUCGUGUUUGAGUGUUGCAUUAUGAUUUGCAUAAAGUUAUUACUAUUUUGCUUUUUAAGUGUGUGUGACUUUGGUCGCAUACAAGGACAGUUAUUGGAAAAGGAGAGCUCGUUAGAUUUAAACGGUUUGUUUGGAAAUCUUUUUCCGAAUUUUGGUUUGGGGAGAAAUCCUCAAGCCAAUUACCCCGGUACUUCGCAAUACCCAAUUAAUGGAGGGCAGUUGAACAAUCCCCAAGGAAAUAUUUGGAAUAAUGGAAAUGGCAAUCCCGGGAUGAAUUAUCCGGCUAAUUCACAAUAUUACCCAGGCACCGCGAUUCAGGGUCAGCAGAGGCCUACAGGAAAUGAGAAUGCCUGGAAUAAUCCUGGAUCGUCUGUCAAUAAAGUGCAAGGAAAUUAUCCUCCAACCGCGGUACCAGGUCAAGGAUGGGGCAGUCCCCAAACACAGAUAAGAUAUCCCAACCAAGUAUCACAGGGUCAGGAAAGACCUACCGGAAAUGAAAAUACAUGGAAUAACCUAGGCCCGCCUGCCAAUCAAGUAAAAGGGGAUUAUCCACAAACGUCGUUACCAGGUCAGGGAUGGAGUAGUCCCCAAACACAGACAGGAUACCCAAACCAACAAGUAUCACAGGUCAAUCAACCUGGUCAAUAUCCUGAAGGAAGGAAUUGGAAUGGAAUCGGUGCUAAUAUUAAUUCUAAUAAUCCAAACAUGCCGUCCUACCCGCAGAAUGGAUUACAGACUGGCGCGGCUUACACAGGCCAGGAAAAUGCAAAAAAUCCCAAUUAUUAUCAACCAGGCAUUCCAAGCGACAAUGAUAAUGUUCAGAAACUUAACCCUAAUUACCCGACAGCGAAUAAUUGGAAUAAUGGUUUAAAUCCGCGUGUUAAUUAUCCAGGGAACCCUCAGCCGUAUCCAGUAAAUGGAAUUCAGACUGGAAAUGUACCAAAUAAUUGGAAUGCUAACCAAAGGAGGAACCAGGGGUAUGAUAGUCCAAGUCAGUUGGGCUUUCAGGGUGGCCAACUCAAUCCUGGUACUAACUACCAAAAUGGAUACCCAAGUCAGAACGGAUAUCCGUCUCAGAGUGACACCUAUACGGGCUUUCGGAACGAGGCCUCACAAUACCCCAAUCAAAGUGAGCAGGCGGAUGUAGCUGUCACAACAGAAAAGGCUAUAUUAGGCAAUCCGGUCAUUAUUUCCGAAAUAAAUCCCCCGUCAACCCCUAAAAGUGAGGUGGAUAAUGCAGCCCAAACAAAAUGUGUACAAGAUUGUUCUACCUCAUCUAAUUACCAACCCAUAUGUGGAACAAAUAAUGUGACAUAUUUCAAUGAAGAGAAAUUUGAAUGCGCACAAAAAUGUGGAAUAGAAGUGGCGAUUCGACGACGAGGCGCGUGCGACGGGCAAUAAAAGAUGUGUUUUAUUUCAUAAAUAAAAUGUAUUUCCAAU